GACCUGCCAGUACGCAUCGCCCGCCUUCAGCAGUCAAAAUGGCCUUCCACAAGCUGGUCAAGAACAGCGCGUACUACAGCCGCUUCCAGACCAAGUACAAGCGCAGGAGGCAGGGCAAGACCGACUACUAUGCCCGCAAGCGCCUGAUCACCCAGGCCAAGAACAAGUACAAUGCGCCCAAGUACCGCCUGGUCGUCCGCUUCACCAACCGCGACAUCAUCACCCAGAUUGUGACGUCGGAGAUCAACGGCGACAAGGUUUUCUGCGCUGCCUACUCGCACGAGCUCCGCGCCUACGGCAUCGAGCACGGUCUUACCAACUGGGCCGCCGCUUACGCCACCGGCCUGCUCCUCGCCCGCCGCGUCCUGAAGAAGCUCGGUCUGGACAAGGACUUUGCUGGUGUUGAGGAGCCCGAUGGAGAGUACACCCUCACUGAGGCUGCUGAGACCGACGACGGCGAGCGCCGUCCCUUCAAGGCAUUCCUUGAUGUCGGCCUUGCCCGCACCUCGACCGGUGCCCGCGUCUUCGGCGUCAUGAAGGGCGCUUCCGACGGUGGCAUCUUGGUUCCUCACUCCGAGAACCGCUUCCCCGGUUUCGACAUCGAGACGGAGGAGCUUGACGCCGAGACACUCAAGAAGUACAUCUUUGGCGGCCACGUCGCCGAAUACAUGGAGACUCUUGCCGACGACGAUGAGGAGCGGUACAAGAGCCAGUUUGUCAAGUACAUCGAGGAUGAUCUGGAGGCCGAUGCUCUGGAGGACCUCUACGCCGAGGCGCACAAGGCCAUCCGUGAGGACCCCUUCAAGAAGUACGAGAGCGACGCGCCCAAGAAGAGCAAGGAGGAGUGGAAGCAGGAGUCGCUCAAGUACAGGAAGUCCAAGCUCACCCUGGAGGAGCGCCAGCAGCGCGUGCAGGCUCGCAUUGCCGAGCUCCGGGAGGAGUAGAAUGGGUUUGUGCUAGGGACUGGUCGCAUCGUCUGGGCUCAUGGCUGCUUGUUUAGGAGUUUCAUCGGGGACACAUGGGGGUCAAUGAUCAGGGUUCACCAAAAGCCAAUUAACUUCCGAGCUUGUGCAGAUGAUACAAUUCCGGAUCUGGCCGGUCGUGAUGCAAGAGCCGCUACAAGCUGUGGCUCCAUUUUGAUGCGCCUAACCAUUUUGGAGAACAUAGUGUGCCUUCUAGAGCUCAUGAAGGUUGUGUCGCAUGAGCAAUCGGCGUGUGGUACUAGUAGCGCAACUACUCGACAUUCCCGAACAGAGUCUACACCGUAGAGUCCUAAAGACGGAGCUAUCC